AUGGGCAAUUCUUUAGAUCGUCUCGUUGGGUAUGAGGAUAUACCGUCGGAAUCAACUUCAAACGUAUCGGAUGGGCGCAAAAGGCGAAAGAAUGGCGCUGUUGAAAGCCCACCGAUGAAAAUCGCCAAGCUUGACACGGCUAAAUAUGUUUAUGAGCGCUUAUUUCUGCAGGGGGAAGGUUCCGAUGUCACAGUGCACGCCGUUGGCCAUGUGUGGCACCUUCAUAAGUUGUACUUGAGACAAUGCAAGUAUUUCGAGGUUUUGAUGCAAGGAAAUUGGAAAGACUCUAAAGACGAUGUCAUCCAUCUCAACUUCCCUGAUGAAAAUGUCACUCGCGAAGGUCUUCAUGCAGUGUUGGGCUCUCUCUAUCACAAUCAAAUUGAACUCGACUUGGAUAAAGUGGAAGGGGUCCUGUCUGCUGCAUCAGUUCUCCAGUUGGAAAGUGUGCUGGAGCGAUGUGGUGAUGCAAUGGCCGAAAAUAUUUUACCAAGCAACGUGCUGCGAUACCUCAAUCUGGCAGAGAUGUAUGGUCUCCCACAGGUACUGAAUAGAGCCUAUCACUUGCUGAAGUGGAACUUCUGGAGAUUUAUGAAAUCAAAGGAGCAUCUAAGAGAGCUGAAGUGGGUUAUUUUUCAAGUCUACUCCAACAUGACGGUAGGUGCUUCAUUUCUGCCAGAAGUGACCCUUUUCUCACGGUCACCCGCAUUAGCCUCAUUGAACAGAGGAGUGACGCCCUUUUCACUUAAAGAAUGA